AUGGCCCCCCGCGACGAAGUACUAUCAUGGUACCGCGCCGCCACCGAAACGCUCAUCAGCGCACCUGCCAAAGAUGACCGGGAUCCAGAAAGCGCCGCCGUCAACGUGCUGCUCCAGCGCCAAGCCAAGGCUCUCCUCGUCAUCCACGACGCCCUCGGGGAUUCCUCGCCUCACCAAGUCAACGAGUCCCUCCUGACAAGAAGGCUAAGUGAUGUCGUGUCGAUAUCCGCAUCCAAGUUCUACGCCUACCGGUUCGAUUUGCUGCCCUGCCAAUGGCGCCAGAUCCACACCGACGCCCUCAUCCUGUCCACCCAUCACGACGUGCUCUGCUCCUUGGGCCAGAACGCCUGGCUAGCCGACGCGGUGCUGGACGGCGUCGUGGAAAAGCUAGACAGGGCCGUCAUCACCGCCGGGGGAGCCGGCGUCCUGGGGACGGCGUGGGUAGAAAAGACGCUCCGGCUGCUGGAGGACCUUUGCGACGCCCUCCCCGGCGAGCCGCCCGCCGCGAAACGGGCAAAACGCGCCCAUGCGCACUUUGCCCUCGGCGAGCCCUACGGCCGGCCUGCGUUGUCUCCGGACCGGACUUGUCCCGCCCGCAGUGGCUGGUCCCUCGCCGCGUUUGAGAGGUACAUGAACGGGGACACGUCUCCGCGGCCCGUCGUCUUCACCGACCUCGUCGCCGCCUGGCCUGCGCUUACGAGCCGUCCCUGGAAAUCGCCUUGCUACCUGCUCUCGCGGACUUUUGGCGGCCGGCGCCUCGUGCCGGUGGAAAUCGGCCGCAGCUACGUCGACCCCGGCUGGGGGCAGGAACUCGUGCCCUUUGGGGCCUUCUUGUCGAGCUAUGUUUCGCCCGAGGGCGGGGGGGAGGAGGUGGGCUACCUGGCGCAGCACGACCUGUUCAGCCAGAUCCCCUCGCUGAGGGGCGACAUUUGCACCCCGGAUUUCUGCUGGUCCUCGGUGCCCAUGCACCCUGCUGAUCCGGCCAGGAACAAGGCGCCGGUGGAUGUGCCGCUGGUCAAUGCGUGGUUUGGGCCCGCCCGGACCAUCACGCCUCUUCACACGGACGCGUAUCAUAACCUGCUGGUGCAGGUUGUCGGGACAAAGUACGUGAGGCUGUAUCCGCCGUGGAGCAAGGCGAUGAGGCCGAGGGGGGAGGAGGACGGCGUCGACAUGAGCAAUACCAGCUCGCUGGAUGUAGGGGUCCUCGAGGGCUGGGAUGAGGAUGCGCAGGGAAUGACCGAGGAAGAGAGGGAGGCGGCCAGGAGCGAGCUGGAGAGCGAGGAGUACUGGGAGUGCGUCCUGGAGGAGGGGGAUACGUUGCUGAUUCCGAUGGGGUGGUGGCACUACGUGAGGAGUCUGAGUGUGAGUUUCAGCGUAAGCUUUUGGUGGAAUUAG